CUUUUCGAUUGGGCGGCGGCGCAAUUUGCGAGCCAAAGAUUCGUCCAGUCUUGACUGUGGGGAGGGGGCGCUGCUAAGCUUCCCCCAUCACCCCAGCUUCGCAAGUUUGUCAAGAUGUCGCAGCACGAAUACGAUCCGAAAAACAUGCGCUUUCGCAGAUUGGGGCCCAGCGGACUGAGGGUCAGCCUGUUCAGUCUGGGUGGAUGGCUUACGAUCGGUGGAAGCGUGCAGGACGAAGCAACAAAGGAGAUCAUGAAAGCAGCUUACGAGCGCGGGGUCAAUACGUUCGACACUGCCGAAGUGUAUGCCAAUGGACAGUGCGAAGUUUCGAUGGGCAAGGCGAUCAAGGAGUUGGGAUGGCAAAGAGAACCGCUGGUGCUCAUCACCAAGAUCUUCUACGGAACUGGCGCAAAAGAUCCCAACGCGACGGGCUUGAGCAGAAAACACAUCAUCGAGGGCGCCAAUGCUUCAUUGAAGCGUGCUGGCUUGGAAUAUUGGGACAUCAUCCUUGCCCACAGUCCGGAUGUGACUGUGCCCAUGGUGGAAGUGGUCAAGGCAUUCAAUCAGCUCAUUCAGCAAGGCAAAUGCUUCUACUGGGGCACGUCGGCAUGGAGCGCAGAGCAGAUAAGCGAAGCGUACGGUAUCGCCGAAAAGCUUGGUCUUGAUCCUCCUUUGGCCGACCAGUCGCAGUACUCCGCACUGCAUCGAGAGCCGGUGGAGAAAGACUACUUGCCCUUGUACCAGAAGCACGGUAUGGGAUUGACCAUCUGGUCACCUCUUGCCUGGGGACUCCUGACGGGCAAAUAUGCUGAUGGGAUUCCCAAAGGCUCGCGCUUCGACGUGAACAAGGAUUCCUUUGGAGGCGUCAUCAACAGCCUCAAGACCGCAGAGGGUCAAGCCAAAUUGGAAAAGGUUCGCAAACUCUCGGAAAUCGCAAAGGAGCUUGGAUGCUCCGUCGCCGUGCUCGCCAUCGCUUGGGCUGCCAAAAACGAACACGUCUCUACAGUCAUCCUUGGCGCCAGCAAGCCCGAACAGAUCAUCGAGAAUCUGACUGCUUUGGACUACAUCGACAAGCUCACACCAGAUGUGCUCGACAGGAUCGAGGCUGUCCUAGCCAACAAGCCAGAAGCAUUGCCCACAUUUGGACGAGCGUAGGUCGCGCUGGACUCGUGGCUCUUGCAGCAUAUUUGUUCAGCACACACUCGCUGACUUCUUUGGGGGGAAAAGCUAUGCGACGCUAUACAGUCGAUCAUGUCACGAGACUCAUCACACUCACGACUCACGACUCAUCAGACCGUCUUGUGGUCUGUCUGUCUGUUCGAGAUGUUUGCCCUGCCUUGCCUUCCCUCCGCGCGGCAACGGAAAACGCUCACGCUUGACCUGCUGCUUGCUGCAUGCAUGCAUGCAUGCGCGUGAGGUGCUGCAGGGACCAUCACAUGCACAGCCUUCCAACCCUAAAUGCAUGGGGAUUGCGUCG